AUAUUAUAGAUUAUGGACUGUAAAGACAAGAGACAAAGACUACAAUGUAUCAGAGGUUACUUAACUUUCAGCUCUGUCGAUGCCUAUUGGAAAAUCCCAGGGUUGUCAGAACACUCAGGCAUUAUAGAACAAUGUCUCUGUUCUCUAUCUGUUCUCUGUCGGCACAACUAUGCCACAGCAUAUAGCGCUGUCUCUCUGAACCUGCCUCUGAGUGGGCUUGAACCAGGGUCCUCUACAUCGCCAACACACAAGACCGACCGCUUGACAACAUGCGAACCGUUUGAGCAAUACAAACUUACCAAUUGGAUAGCUCCAUCGGCAACAUUCCAAGCUAGCUGUGGAGUGAGGUUACGCCCCUGUGGUCUUGGAUGUAGAUGUGGACAUUCGCCAGGCUCUGGAGAGGGAACCUGCUCCUACUACCUGUCCUCCUUAGCGCAUCUAUGUUCCCACGAGGAUAAAGGAGCAACUGUUGACCUGGGAACACACAGCUGUCAUCGCUGGACAUCCUGGGAUCACCCGUACUAUACAAUCACUCUCCAAAAAGUAUUGGUGGCCCACCUUGGCGCAGGAAGUUACAUGCUAGGUCAACUCCUGUUCUGUGUGUGCCCAAACUAUGUCUCCUCGGCAUGCUCCAGUAGGGAAACUCCUUCCCYUGCCUCAGCGUCCCUGGUCUCAUCUGUCCAUUGKCUUUGUUACCAAUCUCCCCUCCUCUGGUGGUUGUGGACAGAUUCAUGCCUGUUUAUUCCUCUCUCUGGUCUCCCUACCUCUCUCCAGAUCACCGAGGCACUGUUCCAGCAGGUCUUCUGGCGCUAUGGACUCCCGGAGAACAUCGUCUCCGACUGUGGACCCAAUUCACUUCAUGGGUAUAGAGGGCUUUCAUGGAGAAACUGGGGAUCACAGUCAGCCUCACUUCCGGGUAUGGGCCUCAGUCCAACGGGCAGGUGGAGAGGAUGAACCCGGAGCUGGGGAGGUUCCUGAGGAGUUACUGCCAGGACCGGCAGGGGGAGUGGGCCCAAUUCCUUCCCUGGGCGGAAUUCACCCAGAAUUCAUUAUGCCCCUGCUCCACCGGGCUUACUCCCUUCCAGUGUGUCCUGGGUUAUCAGCCGGCCCUGGCUCCGUGGGCUCCGAGCCGAGGCCCCUGCGGUGGACGAAUGAUUCCAACUCGCAGAGGAGGUUUGGAGUGAGGCUCCAGUGUGCAGUCUAUCAGCAGAAUUUAACAUAGAUAACAUAGAGCAAAAAGCUGAACCCCCGGUUUGUGGGGCCGUUCAAUGUUCUCUGGGGGGUCAACAACAGUGACGUAUAGGUUACAGCUUCCCAGUGACUACCGUAUCUCAACUUCGUUUCAUGUCUCCCUUCUCAUGACAGUGGUUCCUGGUUCCCCCACGAUGUUGAGG